CGCGACGUUCACCACAAACAGGAGCGGCUAUCAUGAACCAGGCGUGAGUGAUAUAUUUGGAGUUUUUUGUCGCCUAAAAUGCUCAAAAAGAAGUCAAGCAGUGGCGAAAAGAAACGGAAACACGCCCCGUCCGAUGAGCGGCAUCGCGGGAGUAAACAUAAAAGUGCUGAGAGUAACAAAGAGGACGCUAAGGAUGAGCUCGCCGACGCAGAGCUGGACAGGGUUGGCAGUGACAUUGAGGAAGGUGGGCUCGAUCUCGGGGUGCCAUUCCAGCCCAUCACCGCUUAUGUGAGCGACAAAAAGGAGAUGCUGGAGCAGUGCUUCCGUGUGCUGGGAGAGAAGAAACUACGCAGGAUGCUGCCCGAGGAAUUCAAGGACUUUAGCUUAGAGGAAAUCCAAAAACUGUGUUGGCAGCAACUGGAACCGAUUUCAGAGCGAAACAUUGUGCAGAUCCUAUCUGGGGAGCAAGUGACUGAAGAAAACAUCAAAAACACACAACAAUCCUCAGAAAGCCAACGAGACAACAACAUAGUGUGCGUGAAAGAAGCAACAAGUGACAACACCAAGCAAGAGGUCAGUGCCUCCAGCGAGGACAGUGAUGUCCUCAGCAUCAACGCCGACACUAGCGACAUUGAAGCGCCCAAAGACGAGCAGCCGGUGGACAAAAACGGUGCAGCGGUUUGUCCGCCCAAAGCGGAGGCCAUCCAAAACGAUAUUGACCGAAGCGUCAGUGAGAUAUUAGCGUCCAAGGAUGAGGAAGCUAACAAGGAGGGUCUAGCAUUAUCCGUCCAGGACGUUCCGAGCCGUGCCGUUGUCGCUGCUAACGCCGCAAAAACGUGUCCGCCAUCACUUCGGCAGCUGGAACUUCUUGAAUUGGAGAUGAGGGCACGCGCAAUAAAGGCCUUGAUGAAAGCUAGUAAUGGGAAAGCAGCUAGCCAGGGAUAAAAUGCUGCACGUUUUGAUAUUAAAAUGAAUCAAUAACCAAAUAAAAUGGGCCCGUGGCCCAUUUUUUAGCCCUGACCCUCAGUUUGUCAACCUGCUCUAUGUGUAUCAUCACUCCACCAUGUUUUUUUUUUUAGUUUUUAAUCAAACUGUUGUAAAUAAAUGGAACGCUAACUUGUA